AUUUCUAAAACAUUAAAAAAAUCCUCGAGGGAAGAACAGAUAUAUCAACCAUUUUUUGCCAAAUAUACAUGUUUACAAUACAAGGACUUAAACUUUUUUUGAGUAAUUAAUAAUAAUUUUAACAAAUUUUUGUAAUCAGUGUGUAUACUCAAUGUUCCUAAACACAAAAUAAAUAUAUACAAUUUUAAAGCAGUGCGUCUCGUGAAACACAUUCGAAUACAACAUGAAAAUCUAGCACAACAAAACAACACAGUUUUGAGGAAAACAAAACUUGUUUCGCCCAACGACAAUUGCUCCUGGUAUCUGCCAUGAAUGCCACCUCGCCAAAGUCAUCGCUGGUCAAGUUGGGUCUGCAUACCAAUAAACAAAAGACCCUGAAGGUUAUGGUCCUGGGCCAAAGUGGUGUGGGAAAAACGGCCAUGGUGGUGCGUUUUAUUACCCGACGCUUCAUUGGCGAGUAUGAUCCUAACCUGGAGAAGAUUUACACCUGCCAAACCACGCUGGACAAGGAGCAGAUUCAGUUUGACAUUCUGGACGCCACCGGCCAGCUGCAAGAACUAGAUGGAGUUAGUCUGGAGUCCAACAUCCGCUGGGCCGACGCAUUUAUACUUAUGUACUCGAUCACAGACAAGUGUUCCUUCGACGAGUGCAGUCGCCUAAAGUUCCUCAUCAAUUACAAUAAGCGGAGACGCAAGUUGGGCUCGGCCAGUAAAGAAUACGCACUGGAUAUUCCUGUCAUAUUGGUGGGCAACAAGACAGAUCAGCCGGGCGAUCGAAUGGUCAGCUUGGAGGAGGGUCAGCGCCGAUUCAGGGAGCUAUCCUGCGCCUGUUUCCAUGAGAUUUCCGUCAGAGAGAGCGUGGAUCAAGUGCAGAAUGUUUUUCGCGAUGUGUUCCGCUUCUGGCGAGUCUUCAGCAAAUUCCCCAAGCUCAAGCGCUCCACCAGCGAUGUGGCCAACACGGAUGGAAUCCUCACGCCAGAUUUGGGAUCCUGUUCCUUCUACGAUGCCUCGUCCCUGGGCGUGGGUAGACAUUCCUUUCUGGUCAUCGGCAGCGCCUGUUUGGAGGAGAGCAACGGCGACCACACGGAGUCCACGGAUGAGAUUGCGAGUAGCAGUUUGAGCAGCUCGCGCAGCGACAUCGACGCCCCCUUCCGGAGUAGAGCCUCGACGGACGGAACACUGUUGUCCCGACCCCGGAGAUGGCGCUAUCCGCCGCCGGGAUGCCUACUGCCGCACACGAAUCGCGUGGAGCGGCGGAUGAGCAUUUCCACCAGGGGCAGCAACGCCAGCUACUAGAGGGGAGUUUUACGCGGGUUGGGUCGAGCUUAGUUAGUCAAAAUACAAACAUGGAUAGUCAAAGCGACAAAUAUGGAUAUAUAGCUAGGUGUUAUCGUACUGGAAAACAAUAAAUCUUUUCCUGGAGGA